UUUCCUCCCAACUUCAAGAUUGUUACAACGCAUACAAAAGCCCAGAACUUCGCGAUCUGACGAAUUUUAUCCCACAAGGCCACAGACGCUACAAGCGAUGGCUUCUAGUAUCACUUCAAAGCCUCCUAGUUGUGCAGACAACCGUAUACAGCUUCCUGGCUUUGGUCGUCCUUUCAACCACUGGGGUUUCUUCCCAGUCGACGAAUUGUUUCCAACGGCUGUCGAGACUUGGAACCACGAUGUGAUCACCAUCCGUGAACGAUGUAUGCUUCACUUUAUCAAUCAAAUUACAGACAAGCCGGAAUGGAAUCGCAAAGUGCAUGACGAAGAAAUCGUGGCCAAAUGGAAGAAAGAAGCGAUGGAACUAGACUGGGACGCCAAGGUGGUUAGGUAUGGGGACAUGAGCGAGCAAAUGUUGGAAUAUUGCAUUAAGGAACUUCGCGAUAAAGCCACGCUAUACGAGAAAACGGGGAUCAUUCCAGUACUAGACGUAAACACUUGUGUUAUCAAAACAGACUCAACCAUACCGGCUCCCAUUAAGGAAGCUCUGAAAAAAGCCGUUGCACGCCUCGAGAAUGUUCCUGCAACGCAGAAAGACUGGCAUCCAGGCUCUGAUGAUAAAGUCCUGGACCUCGUUCAUCCAUCUCUCUUCCCGCUUGUAUAUGGUCGUUCACGUGUACUUCCGACCUCUACCACAACUCUCGAGGACUGUCUUCAGAACAUUGGGAAAGGUGAGAUUGUGGCUAAACCUCAAAAUACCGAUGACGCUUUAGAAAAUCUUACAUGGGGAAUCUUUUCCAUACCUCGAAAAAUUGAACUCUGGUCAACACGCUACCAAUGGCUUCCAUGCAACAUCUCAUUUCGCGAUGGGAAUGCUAGGAUUGACUCAUACAUAAACAAUCUUCAUCCGGUCGACCACAGAGAUUUGUAUCAAGUUAUCGAACAGAUCAUUACCGAAUCAAUUCCGCUUUGGAACAUCAUAUACCAAAGCCACAAUGAGGGGCGGCUCGUUCAGGGUAAACGCAUCGAGUGCAUGGACGUCGAGGGCGAUGAGCCAUUGGAUGAAGAGGAUGACGAAGAUGAGGAUAACGAUGAGGACGAAAAUGACGAUGAUGACAGUAUCUCGAAUAAGGCGGAAGAAAGACGCUCGAAUGAACGGGUCAUGGUUAAACCGGAGCCGAAUGAAUAUAGACAGCCCUCUAUCAAAGCCAAGGAUGUUGAAGAAUGUUUCACAUUCCUGGGAGAUGGAGAGAAGAAGAUCCAGGUUAUUGUCAAGUUGGCUAAUAUCCAUCUCACGCCCGAGAAACCGAAGUACCACGGCGGAAGCUGGCACAUCGAAGGCCAACUGAAUGAGCACAUAUGUGCUACGACCUUAUACUAUUACGACAACCAUAACAUAACCGACUCGCACCUUGCAUUUCGGACCAAGGUCGACGGCCGCGAUCUCGAAGACGAUCUCAACUAUGAGCAAGGAGACGAUGAUGGAAUCAGACGCAUAUUUGGUAUAAUUAAUGGUCGUGCAUCAGUCCAAGAGUUGGGCAAGAUUCUCACUCGUGAAGAUAGGCUGCUUGCCUUCCCUAAUGUACUGCAACACCGCGUUGGUUCUUUCAAACUCGCAGAUACUACGACACCUGGCCAUCGCAAGAUUUUAGCACUCUUCCUCGUCGACCCUAAGAUUCCAAUUCUCUCAACUGCUAAUGUUCCGCCACAGCAAAGGGAAUGGUGGAUGAGAGAGGUCACCACGCAAGGUGGCAAGAUGGGAAAACUUCCUGCUGAAUUGGUGCAGAUAGUUGAGGAGGCAGUAGAAGAGUUCCCGCUGGGAAUGGAGGAGGCCAAAAAAAUCCGCAAAGAAUUGAUGACGGAGCGAGCCAAAUUGGACCAAGAAGCGACCAGCGCGGUAGAAUGCUACGAUUUUAGCUUCUGUGAACACUAA